GAUCAGUGUCGUUCGAGCAUCGGCCGAGUCAACAGGCCGACGAUAAGAAUCGAGCUCUUCUUGCACGAAGAGAGAAAGGUUUACGAAAAUAAAAGGCGCGAAAUUGUAGUUGACAAAAUGACGCCACGCUCGGCGAUCUUGUUCUGUAUCGUCUGCAUCUGUAGCGUUCAGAGUGUUCCUUCGCGUCCGGAAGCGAUUGCACCAACAGGAAAAAUCCGUGGUUCUAUUUUGAAUUCAAGGCUUGGACGGAAGAUUUAUUCCUUCCGCGGAGUGAGAUAUGCCGAGCCUCCUACGGGAGACCGUCGUUUUAAGGUUGCGAUCCCAGCCGCUGACAGGAACGAUGUAUUCGACGCGUCCGAAGAAGGUCCUUCGUGCCCGAAUUUAGACGGCGUGCCGUUAAUGUCCGAAGACUGCUUGCGUUUAAACGUGUACACCACCAAAUUGCCCUCGAAAGAUGAGAAUGUGUCCAGGCCAGUUUUGGUAUUUUUCCAUCCCGGUGGUUUUUACAGCUUUUCUGGACAGAGCUUUUACUUCGGUCCUCAGUAUCUGAUGGACAAGAACAUCGUUCUGGUUACUGUUAAUUAUCGUAUCGGAACGUUAGGUUUUAUAAGUACGGGUGAUUCCGCGGCACCAGGAAAUCUGGGACUAAAGGACCAAGUGUUGGCCCUUCGUUGGGUUCGAAGGAACAUUAUCGCCUUUGGAGGAAAUCCCAAUUCUGUGACUAUCAGUGGAUACAGCGUCGGUGGACUCAGUACGAUGUUGCACAUGUUAUCUCCGAUGUCUAAAGACUUAUUCCACAGAGCAAUCGUGAUGAGCGGUUCGCUUUUAACCACGGAACCUUAUCCAACUGAACAAAAACGGCUCGCCAAGAAGCAAGCGGAACUUUUGGACUGUCCCACUAGCAAUAACGAAGCCAUGUUAACUUGCCUGAGGUCGAAGCCUGUCAGCAACUUCACGGACACCAUGUCCGAGUUUUUCGAAUGGCAUGGGGAUCCAAUUUUGAUCUGGGAACCGGUUGUGGAACCGAAAAUCCCAGGUGUGGAACAAUUCUUACCGGCUCAACCCGUCGAUCUGAUCAGGCAAAAGAAGUUUCAUCAGGUUCCAGCUAUAUUCGGAGUGACCAAAGACGAAUUUGGCGGUGUGGUUGCUCUAUUCGAAAACGAAACCAAGAAGGGAGACGACUAUUAUCGCGAUAUGAGCGACAAUUGGGACCGGAUCGCACCGAUUAGUUUCCUGUACGAACGUGGAACGCCACGGUCAAAAUAUAUCAGCGAUCAAUUACGUCAAUUUUAUUUUAACGGUCAGCCACUCGGCCCGGCGAAUAACGAUGGUCUUGCUCACAUCUAUGCAGACAGUAUAAUUAUAUUCCCAAUGUAUCGUACGGCGAAACUGAUUGCUGAGAACUCUGAUAAACCCGUGUAUUUUUACGAAUUUACGUUUCAAGGACGUUACAGCUUUACCUAUUGGAACGCCACCACGCCAUACGGUGUCGUACAUCAGGAUGACCUGCAAUAUCUGUUCUUCAUGAAGGAAUUCUUUCCAUUCUUCGACAGCUCCGCGCCUGAAAUCCCAAUGGUGGAAUUGUACACGUCCAUGUGGACAAACUUCGUCGAAACUGGCGAACCAGUUCCCAAGACUGGCGCUUAUAAGAAUGUAAAAUGGGACAGGUUUGUGUCCAGGCAAGAUAACUACUUGGAGAUCAACCUGAAUCCAACCAUGAGAACUGGUCUGUAUUUGAACAGAAUGCAGGAAUGGGAAAAACUCUUUCCUCUGCUUCCUGUAGCACAGGCUUCUUCCCAUGCUGAUAAUUUGAUUUCCCCACUCGUUUUCCUCGUAAGUAACCAUAUAAAUUGUCCGGUUCUGGCCUUGGGUACGCCAGUGCUCGCACGAGCACCGAACAAAUCAGUUAAGCAGAUCGAGCACGUCUCGGGUACUAUAUCACGAUCACGAGAAAGACGUCGCGGAAAAGAGCGAGUUUCCAGCUCUAAAAUGAAGACUAUUUUCAUAGUACUUUCCUGUGUCGUCGGCAUUAUCGCCACCAGAAACUCCCCUCGGGAGCAGCCACUCGUGACUGCCCCAACUGGACCGAUACGAGGUUCGAUAUUAACCUCCAGACUCGGCAAGGAUAUUUACUCCUUUCGUGGCGUGAGAUACGCCGAACCUCCUACUGGCCAUCAACGUUUUCAGCCCCCGGUCCCAGCAGCAGACUGGCAGAAUGUUUACGAUGCAACAGAGGAUGGGCCCGCGUGUCCUCAGAACGGCGAAAACUACACGUCCGAAGAUUGUCUACUUUUGAACGUGUAUACCACAAAAUUACCUUGCAAAGAUGAAAAUGUAUCGAGACCGGUGAUGGUGUUUCUUCAUCCGGGCGGCUUUUACGCCUUCUCAGGGCGGAGUACGUUGUUCGGGCCACAGUAUCUCAUGGACCAGGACAUCGUCUUGGUCACAAUCAAUUACCGUCUAGGAGCGUUAGGUUUCUUGAGUAUGGGCGAUAAUUUGGCGCCAGGAAACAUGGGCUUGAAGGACCAGGUGGUGGCUCUUCGUUGGGUUCAAAGAAACAUCGCUGCUUUCGGUGGCAAUCCAAACGCCGUCACUCUCUGCGGUGACAGCGCUGGUAGUUUCAGUAUACUCCUGCACAUGGUGUCGCCGAUGUCCCAGAAUCUAUUCCACAGAGCUAUAUCGAUGAGCGGCUCGCCCCUGCAGGGUGACGUCUACUCAAACAUCGCCAGCAACGGGCAGAAACAGCUCGCUAAGAAACUGGCCGAUCUGCUAAACUGUCCCUCCGACACAACCGGUUCCAUGUUGCUUUGCAUGUACACGAAACCCGUCGAGAAUUUCACCGACACCUUGGCUUCGUUAUUCGACUGGUAUCAAACCCCAAUCUUACUUUGGCAACCCACCGUCGAGCCGGAAGUCCGCGGCGUUGAGAGGUUCCUCACUGCUCAGCCGUACGACUUGAUCUCGCAGGGAAAAUUCAAACAGGUCCCUUACAUCCUUGGCGUGACGGAGAAUGAAUUCGGUGGGCUAGCUUCCCUUUAUGAAAAAGAUGCGUUGAACAAUGGUUCGCUGUACCAAGAAAUCAACGACAACUGGAACCGCGUUGCUCCCAUUCUAUUCUAUUACGAACGCGAUACACCACGAUCGAACUAUAUCAGCAGGGAAUUGCGGCGAUUCUAUUUCAACAAUCAACCAAUUGAUAGUAACACCAUGCAAGGACUUUCCGAGGUGUACGCCGAUGGUAUAAUCAUAUUUAGCAUGUACCGAACAGCCAAACUGAUGGCUUCGAAAUCCAAGCAGCCGGUGUACUUUUACAAGUUCACGUACAAGUCGCGUUACAGCUUCCGAAUGUGGAACGACACUACGCCGUUCGACGUAGACCACCAGGACGAUCUGCAGUACCUGUUCUACAUGAAGCAGCUCUUCCCAUAUUUCGAACCGGACGCGCCUGAAAUCCCGAUGGUGGAAGUUUCUACGUCGAUGUGGGCGAAUUUCGUAGAAACUGGCGAACCAAUUCCUAGGAACAACGACAGGUUCAGGGGCGUAACGUGGACCCCAUUUGUACCAGCGCAAACCAAUUUCCUGGAUAUCAAUCCUCAUCCGACUAUGAAAAAUAGUUUCUUCCCCGAAAGAAUGCAGUUCUGGGAGAGGUUGUUCCCUUUGCCGAAUAAAUCGCGUAACGUGAAACACUGAGCGGUGGAUCUGCUCGAUAGUCGUAACGAUUCCCGUGGUUCUCGAUUCUUAAUAAUUCGAACUUUCUCGCCAAUGUAUUAAAAGAUAAAUAAAUAUAGCGGACGAACAGA